AUGAAGACUCUCCUUCUUGUGGGGCUGGUCAUCCUGUCUGGGACCGUCCAGAGCAAAGUCUUCAAAAGGUGUGAGUUGGCCAAAACUUUGAAAGCAAAAGGAAUGGAUAACUACCACGGAAUCAGUCUGGCAAACUGGAUGUGCUUGGCCAAGGCAGAGAGUGAUUACAACACACAAGCUACAAACUACAAUUCUGGAGACCAAAGCACUGAUUAUGGGAUAUUCCAGAUCAACAGCCGCUAUUGGUGCAAUGACGGCAAAACGCCUGGAGCUGUGAAUGCUUGUGGCAUACCCUGCAAUGCUUUGUUGAACGAUGACAUCUCCCAGGCUGUGACUUGUGCCAAGAGAGUUGUGCAGGAUCCCCAAGGCAUCAGAGCAUGGGUGGGAUGGAAAAAGAAUUGUCAAAACAAAGAUCUGAAACCGUACAUUAAUGGCUGCGGAGUUUAA